UCGCCCUUGCUUUGCGACGCUCUCCUUUUCGCAGAGCGUUGGUUUAUCUUCAAAAUUUAGGAUUUAAGCCAACUUUUGACGCUUCUACAAAAAUGUCUUUCACUGAUGAGGAAUCCUCGGUCCUUCAACAUACCACUCAGCCAAAGAUGGAGAGCUUCUUGUUCACCUGCGAGCUGUCGUCUAAAGUACCCUUCUACACUUUCCAAGGAGACGAAGAAGAGGAUCUCGAACACUUUCUGGAACUUAGAACCAUUUGCCUUGGUGUGGGAGCCAAGGAGGAGAGUAAUGUGGUGGAGGUAAUGGCCAUUAAUCACCUGGGAAAGAAAAUCUCAGUACCCAUAGCCAACCUUCACAUCAAGUGUCUACCCAUGGUGAGUCUGGGAGAGUUUGAGCUAAAAGCUCCAGUGACUCUACGACUCAAAGCUGGAACAGGACCAGUUUCUGUCAGUGGCCUGCACCUUAUCGUCUCACAGAAUGAAGACUCCGAUCUGUCUGAGGAGGAAGAAGAAGAAGAGGAGGAGGAAGAAGAGGAUGUUGAGGAAGAAGAGCUUCCUGCUGUCAAACCAGCAAAGAAGAAGAAGAAGAAGAACCAGUAGACAAAGAGGACACUUAAAUGGAUGUGAGAAGUGAUCAGGUUUUUUUUUGUACCAAAUGGACAGAUUUUACACCCUCUUCCACACAGCUGAGCGCAGUGGCAGCUAAACAUGCCGUUAAAAUGAUUGGAUAAGACAGUUAUUUGAAUAAGAAGUGUUUUUUGAUAUCAAAAUAUUCACUCUUUUUUUUUUUUUAUUUUUUUUUUUUUACUGUGUAUAUAGUGACAUUCCCGUUGUAGUAAUUUCACUGCACCAUCACUGGUGGGAGGGAGAAAAAAAACACGCCUGUUGCCACCAGCCAAUGCUAAUAUCAUUUAUAACAUUGUGUUUGUCCUGUUCAAGGAAAACAUGUUCUGAAUUAAAUAGAUUUAUAUACAGUUCAAUAAAUGUUUGACAAUAAUCCUCAAUGUUGAAAAUAAGUUUUGUUCAGAAUUUUGCAUACACUCAGGAAUGCAUCAUUUCUGUGCUUUUUGUGAUUUAUCCAAGUGGUUCUCGUUUCAGGCUGGUUUAUUAUGCAACUUCAAUGGAUUUCACAGCUUAUUUUACUGUGCAUUUUCUUAAAUCAUACAGAUGCAUCUCAGAUUAGAAUAUUAUUGAAAAGUUCAUUAUUUUAGUAUGUUACACUGUUUUCAAGCCUUUAUUUCUGUUAUGAUUUUCUGCUUGCAGAUAAUGAAAACAUUUAAUAUUAGACUAUAACACUGGUCCAAUAAACAUUUUCAAUAUA